AUGAUUGGAGGAGAAAAUAUUACUGGACAAAAUUUGAGAGCUUUAUAUGAAUUUGUGGAUGUUUUAGCUAAUUAUUUCCCUCAUCGUACAAUCCAUCCUCAACCUAGAGAGACAGAAUUUAAUGGUUCUCAAAAUUCUAGAGAAAUUAAUGAAUUUAAUGAAAAGGAUAAUAUUGAGUUUUUAAAUGCUAGCAGUCGAGCUCGUGUUGUUUUUAGUCAUCUGCGCGAUUUUAUUAAUGAACAGAGAAGUGUGGGAGAAGCUAUACCUAUUGAAGCAUGGAAGGCUGAAUUUCUUAGAGCGGAGGCAAAAUUAAUUUUUAAAUUGAAAAUUUCUUAA